AUGGCGUUGAUCGAAAAGCUCCAAAGGAGAAUAAUCGAUUUGGGAUUACUGCCACGGCUGAUUGCUUCUUUGCCUCGGCUCUCUUUGGUAUGCGCCAUGGUUGGAAUUUGUUGGUUGACGGUGUUCAUUCCCAUGGAAGGUCAGUAUAGACGUACUUACAUCUCGGAGAAUGCGUUGAUGCCUUCGCAGGCGUACAGUUACUUUCGAGAAACUGAAUGGAACAUUCUCAGAGGAUAUAGAACUCAGGUACAGCUUCUACAAAGUGUUGGACCUCAUCAGAGGAACGAAGAAAUAUCUGCGUGGCUACAAGAAUUCGGAGUGAAGACAGCUACCUUCGUGAAUGAAGAAGGCAAAGAAACUUUGUAUGGUAUUCUGAAUGCACCCAGAGGUGAUGGUACAGAGGCAAUGGUGUUAGCAGCCCCUUGGUUCAAUGGUGAUGAUGAAGCCAAUAUCGGUGGCACUGCACUUACUAUAUCAUUGGCACGGUUUUUUAAUCGGUGGCCAGUUUGGUCGAAAAAUAUUAUAUUAGUCUUUAGUGAAGAUGCGAAUGCCACUUUAAGAAGUUGGGUUGAGGCUUACCAUACUUCCUUGGAUCUGACUGGUGGCUCUAUCGAGUCUGCGGUUGUGUUGGAUUACCCAGGAGCUAACGACUUUUUCAAAUAUGUGGAGAUUUAUUACGCUGGAUUAAACGGCGAGUUACCAAACCUUGAUAUGGUCAAUAUUGCGGUACACAUCACCGAGCAUGAGGGUAUGAAGGUUUCUUUAAAUGGAAUUCCAGAGGAGCAGCUCGAUCAGGAUGAUUUCUAUUCGAAGCUUAAGACACUAAUGCGAGGUGUUAAGUUCAUGGCCUUAGCAGGAGCACGUAAGGUUUAUGGUAAUGAGGCUUUCAGUGGGUGGAGAAUCCAGUCAAUCACAUUGAGAGCCCGUGGUGAAGAGGGCCCGUUUGAUAUAACUACCUUUGGCAGAAUUCCAGAAGCAAUCUUCAGAUCCGUCAACAACCUUCUCGAGAAAUUUCACCAAUCGUUCUUUUUCUACCUAUUACUAGCACCAAGAUAUUUUGUAUCCAUCGCAACUUACCUUCCAGCUGCAAUUGCUUUAUCUGUAUCUUUUACUCUGGCAUCCUUGAACAAUCUUCUCAAUAACUCAUACUCAUCAGCAUCUCUUUUAUCACUUUACAACAUAUGGGGUCUUUUAGCGUUAUCAGUUGCGCUAGCAAUUUCCUACAUUAUUGCACAAUUACUUGCAUACGCUCAGCAUCCGCAACUAUUAGUGCUGUCAAGCUUCGUGGUGUCAUUUAUUCCAAUUUUACUAAAGAAUGUCAAAAUAAUGGCUCCUUUCGCCUAUCGGUGUAGAGCCUUUGCAUAUCUUUAUCUAAGCAUUAUUUUAACAUCAUUGCUUGUUGUUAACUUUGCCUUGGCUUUCAGCAUCGGAACUUUAGCAUUUCCCAUGACGCUUGUCAAGAAUUCAGUUACUAGCAAACUUCGGUUGAAGAACUGCUUGCUACUUUUGCUAUCUAAUCCAUUUAUUUCAAUCUGGAUUUUCGGAAACCUGGUCGAUGACCAACUCGGUGGAAUCCAAAUGUUUUACGGAUUCAUCUCGGCAUGGAAGAAUCUAGGGUGCUGGACAUGGUUCAUCAUCUGCAUUGGAUGGUUGCCUGCUUGGCUUCUAGUAGCAUACUCAAGCAUCGCUACUUCAUCUAUCUCCAUUGUCGAUGAAAGCCAAAUUGAGGCCGUCAAACAUAAGAAGACCCUAUGA